AGCGCCUUGCCGAGGGCGGGCGGCCGCUGUCCGUCUGUCCGCCCGUCCGUCCGAUCGCCGCAAUGCAGAACGUCAUCAACACGGUGAAGGGCAAGGCCCUGGAGGUGGCCGAGUACCUCACACCCGUGCUCAAGGAGUCCAAGUUUAAAGAAACUGGAGUGAUUACACCUGAAGAAUUUGUUGCAGCUGGAGAUCACUUAGUUCACCACUGUCCUACUUGGCAAUGGGCUUCAGGAGAAGAACUAAAAGUCAAAGCUUAUCUGCCAACAGACAAACAGUUUUUGGUAACUAAAAAUGUGCCGUGCUAUAAAAGGUGUAAGCAGAUGGAGUACUCAGAUGAGCAGGAGGCAAUUAUAGAAGAAGAUGAUGGUGAUGGGGGAUGGGUAGACACUUUUCACAAUGCAGGUAUAGUGGGUGCAACAGAAGCAGUUAAGGAGAUCACACUAGACAGCAAGGAUAAUAUAAAAAUACCAGAGUGUUCAGCAUCUUGUGAAGAUGAUGAUGAGGAAGAUGAAGGAGAAGCUGCAGACAUGGAAGAGUAUGAAGAAAGUGGGCUAUUGGAGACAGAUGAUGCAACACUUGACACAAGACAGAUUGUAGAAGCUAACAAAACUAAAGUUGAUGUUGGAGGGGAAGAUGCUAUUCUACAGACUAGAACCUAUGACCUCUACAUCACUUAUGACAAAUAUUACCAAACUCCAAGGCUCUGGUUAUUUGGAUAUGAUGAGCAGCGGCAGCCUUUAACAGUAGAGCACAUGUAUGAAGAUAUUAGUCAAGAUCACGUCAAGAAAACAGUGACCAUUGAAAACCAUCCUCAUCUUCCUCCACCUCCCAUGUGCUCAGUUCAUCCAUGCAGGCAUGCAGAAGUCAUGAAGAAAAUAAUCGAGACUGUUGCAGAAGGUGGAGGAGAGCUUGGAGUUCACAUGUACCUUCUUAUUUUCUUGAAAUUUGUACAGGCGGUCAUUCCAACGAUAGAAUACGACUACACAAGGCACUUUACGAUGUAACUAAAAUAAGAGAUGUGUUCCUCUAAUUAUCAAAUCUUUUUUUAAAUAACCCAUCCAUGUGACUUAUACAACAUUAUACACAGUUUCUGUAACUAAUCUUUUAUCAACUUGAUGCAUUAAAAUAAAAUGUUCCAUUACCAGCCUUUUUAAUAAAAAUCUCUGUGUGUAAUA